CUCUCUCUCUCUCUCACGCAUCCAGCACAUAGAGGCUUUAAUUUCACUUAUUCAUUAUUCAUUAUGCCAUAUAUGAUUACAAACUUAAUGACAAUAAUUAUACACUACAAUAUUCAACAGGAUAAGAAUUUCAAAAAUCGAUAACUUGAUUAAAACUCACGCCGAAAAUACCGAAAACAACAAACAACAAAUUUCAUCAUUAAGAUACACAUGUCAACAAAAAUCUAGUCCAGUCACUCGAAUUUGAGAUAUAUAUUGUGCGUAUGCUAUGAAAAGUCAACACAUAAAAGAUUAACUAACGAACUACUACCGCGGAUUGACAAUACUCUCCAAUAUCACAUGAAUACAUUUUAAAAAAUCCCCUUGGAUUAUUUAUAUAUAUAUUAUUGAUCUUUUCCUGAUCUCUGAUUUUUGAUUCUUACUUUUAUUGAUUGCACGGGAGAAAAAGAGGCGUGGGAAAAUAAAAUUAUGGGCUGUGUACACACAAAAUCAUUUUGGGAUAAAUCAGCAAUUAUUGAUGAAGAGACUGAUAAACCGGAAGUUUCACUGAAUAUUGUCUUAAUUUUCCUUCGGAGUGAUAAACAAACUCAAUUGAUGAUUGAAGCCGCGCAACAAUUAAAACACAAUUGUACAUUGAUCAAUACAUGCGUGGAAAACCCAUCAUCAAAGGAUGUUGAGAAGAAUUUCAUUGAAAAAUUAGUUGAAUUACAACAACCAAUCGAUUUAGUGGUUUUGGAUACACGAAAAUUGAAAUAUAAUCGUUCGCUAAGUAUACCAGGAGUGAAACCAUCGAAUCUUAUAGAAAAUAACAAGAAUAAUAAUGGUAAUAUUACUAGUCAAUCAUUGGCUAACUGGUGCAAACUGAUUCGAAGUCAUUCUCUAACAAAAGAUUCAGUAAUUAUGGGGCUAAUUCAUCGGCAAUGUUCUGUAGAUCAGAAAAGAAUCCUCAUGAAUAAAAUCCUCAGAUCUGGUUGUAAUAAGUGUAUUUCUGAAGCAUUAACUAUAGAUGACUUUUAUCAAGAAUUGAAAAAUUUUGCCAAUAAUGAAUGGCGAUUAUUAAGUCAACUGAGAAAUGCCACUAACAGUAACAAUAAUAAUAAUACUAUCACAAGUACUAUCAAUACUCCUAUCCUUACAACAAUCACCACUACUGAAAGUUCAGGUGAUUUAGAUGUCGCUUCGAAUAGAAUACAGUCGAGGACAGAAAUGGAUGAGAUUCUACAACAAAGUACAAAAUUGUCCAAAAGCAAUCAGAAAAGUAGACAACCGACUAUCAAAGAAUCAUCUACAGAGAAUGAAACACAUUCAGUUGAUGAAUUAACCGCCACAGUAAUCGAUUCUGUGACUAUGCUCCAUGAACAGGGAAAAAAGUUGAAAGAGUUUGUCUCCUCUCGACGAAAUAGAAAUGCAGAUGCUGUUAAUAUGAGUAAUAUCAAUGCCCUACUCCAAUCAAGAUGUCCUGACUUUUCAUCACCAAUGUGUAAAGUAAUCGCUAUAUUGAAUUCUGCUCGUACUCGAAGUCCACUACCCGUGGCCAAAGAUUUACAGAAAGCAAUUAAUCUGAUCUGCAGUUCAGAUGUAUUUGUUGAUCAAAUCAUGAAACCGUUGAGUCGAACAAAUGAUCCGAUCACAGCAGACUUAAUUGAAGGAUUGAUAACAGCAUCAAAUCUGUCUAAGGAACCAGAGGAUCAACUUAAACUUCGAUCGUUGGCUCAUUCAUUAAAAGGAUCAGACAGUGUUCUUUCCCCUGCUGCAACUUUGCAGACCAAUUCAGAGAUUGAGGUCUGCCUGUCUAAUUUUGAUAAAUGGGAUUUUAAUAUAUUUGACCUUGAACGUGUAACACAUAGGAAACCGUUGACAUAUUUAGGCAUGAAGAUAUUGAAUCAUUUCAAUGCUCUCAGUGUACUGCGUAUACCUAGUCAAGUGUUGAUUGGUUGGUUGACAGUUAUUGAAGAACAUUAUCAUGUGGAAAAUCCAUAUCAUAAUGCAACACAUGCUGGUGAUGUUCUACAAGCCUCAGCCUACUUAUUACAACACAGUUUAAUAAGGUCAAUAUACACAAAUACGGAUGAAGUGGCAACACUUCUAGCCGCCAUUGUACAUGAUGUCGAUCAUCCAGGCAGAACUAAUCCAUUUCUUGUGAAUAAUAAUGAUCCAUUGGCAAUUCUAUAUAAUGAUAUCGCCGUCUUGGAAAGUCAUCAUGUGGCGUUGUCAUUCGAGUUAACCCUGAGAUCACCGGAAAUCAAUAUUUUCCAAAAUCUUACUCGAGAAGAGUAUCGUACAAUGCGUAGCUACAUUGUCGAUAUGGUCUUGGCUACUGAAAUGGUACGACACUUUGAUAUUGUUACAAAAUUUGUCAACACUCUAAGUAAACCUAUGCUGACAAAGAAUCGACAUCAUGAUCGUUCCUCUGUAGGAAGUAUGAGUUCUAUGGAGUCAUGUUCAAUGGGAAUGUCAAUGUCUCAUUCAACAUCACCUAGUCCUGGACAAGAAAGAAUCUCUAGCACGCUGGAGAAUUUAUCGACUGCAGAGAAUAGAGCAUUGAUAAAACGGUUAAUUAUAAAAUGCUCUGAUGUUAACAAUCCAACAAGACCACUAUCUAUUUGUAAAGAAUGGGCAGCAAGAAUAGCUGAAGAGUAUUUUGCUCAGACGGAAGAAGAGAAACGACGUGGUCUACCAAUUGUUAUGCCGAAUUUUGAUAGACAGACAUGUAAUAUUUCUCAAUCACAAAUCUCCUUUAUUGAUUUCUUCCUGAAAGGAAUGUUCUCCGGAUUCGAUUCUGUUUUUCCAAUCCCUGAAUUAAUGAAAAAUUUAGAAGAUAAUACAGUUUAUUGGGCAAGUAAUGUUGAAAAGGAAAAGCAACAACAUGAAUCACGCGUUGACACAAAACAAAAUGAAACAGUUAAAAGUUAAAAGUCAACUUAUUCAUCAUAAGCAGCAAUUUCAGCUUCGACGUCUUCAAUCUAAAAAUGUACUACUCAUCUAUACGAUGAACAGAUUUUUGUAUAAAUGCUACACACCCUAUUUAAUUAGUAGUUCACAUGAAUGUAAAAACAUUUUAGCCCUAUUUGUUUUCCGUCGUUUGUUUCUUUAUGCUUUGAGUUUUUAACAAUUUCCCUUGCAACUUACUGUGAGAAUGAUCACUGGCAAACUUAGACAAAUCAUACAAAUUCAGUGUAAUGUUGUGUAAUUUAUAUGUGUACUUUUUACAGAUGUCCUAUGCCUAACCCUGUAAUCAAUUAAUUAUUGAACUCAGUACAUCACAUCCAAUUGUGUGGUUGAUAAUUCAUAAUUAGCUAACCAGUUAGUUGUCCUAUCUGUCAUUCUUUCAAAUUAUUAUUAUCACUUAAUUCUCAUAAUUCUUCUACCUCUAAUAGAUACAAUCAUUAGAUUAUUCGAUUUUCAUAAAUUGUGAAUACUCCCCUUAAAAGAUAUGUGUCUGUCUAAAUGUGUGCAUGUCUGUUUGUCUGUGUGUGCACGGCGAGAUCUCCUUGAUUGCCUACUUCAGCUGUAAGAUACUUAGAGGAUUUUAUUCUUACGUUGUAGAAAUUCAAAAGGUUAUCAGCCCUUAUUAUUAUCAUUAUUGUUAUCAUUAUUAUUAUCGAUCUGUUUCCUCCAUUUGUACAGUGCAUUUUAACAUAUAACAUGUCUAGUGUAUAAUGACCUAACUUUGUGUCUUGUUGUAUCUGUCUUGUUGUCUCUGGUCUCUUGUGUGUGUGUGCGUGUUUGUCUUCGUGUGUGUGUGUGGGUGGGUGGGUGAGUGAGUGGGUGUAUCUCUUCACAGAUUAUGUCCUAUUUCAUUAUUGUCACUCAUUUAAUCAUACGCUGAAGAUGAAUUUGAAAUUUCAUUUGUGUUAAACUUUUUAAAAAUGAUGUAAUCAUUAUAUUUGUGCACUAUUCAAUUCAUAUUCAUUACACAAAGACACAGAGGCACACAGACAUGCGUACAUGCAUAGAAACACAUACUGACACACAUGUAUGUAUGUAUGUCUAUGUGACUGAAACACAUUAUCACCUGAAGAAACAAAAUGACAGCAUCUAGUUCCUAUGAUAUUCUAAAUAUUUAGGUGUAGACAAAAGCGAUUACAUUUGAAGCAUGAAUAAAUGUUUUUUCUG